CAGAGAAACUGCUAUGUUUAUAAAUGGGUUAAUCCAGCCUCUAGUGGCUGUCUCAUUGACAGCCGCUAGAGGCGCUUCCACGCUUCUCACUAUGAUUUUACAUAGUGAGAGUAGACGCCAGCGUCCAUAGGAAAGCAUUGUGAAUGCCUUCCUAUGGAAUGGCUGAACGCGCGCGCGGCUCCUGCCGCGCAUGCGCAUUCAGCCGAGGAGGAGAGGAGGAGGAGAAGAGUCCCGCGCCCGGCGCUGGAGAAAGAGGUACGUUUAACCCCUUCCACCCCCUAGAGCCCGGCGGGAGGGGGACCCUGAGGGUGGGGGCACCCUCAGGGCACUAUAGUGCCAGGAAAACAAGUUUGUUUUCCUGGCACUAUAGUGGUCCUUUAAGCGUUGUAUUCGCUUGCUGUACGAUGUCACAUGGAUUACUUACAAGGUAUGCUAUUUUAAUAAAUGAUAACAUCGUUAAUAACAUCACAUUUUAUCCUCUCUAAUAAUAGCUGCUUAUCAACCGUGUGUUCAAAAGAAGCUACUUUUUACCAGAAGGAGAAGUGAUCCAUUGCGAUUGUCAGGCUUAUGCAAACAAUUGUAAGUAUUUAUAAAGGCAAUAACUAAAGAUGUAUUAAUGCCAAGUACAAAAAGUGAAAGGGCACACAAUUAUAUUUUACAUUUUUAGUAUAUGAUAGAAUGGUACUUUUUCAACAAAAGUUAUUAGCAGACCCUGUAUAGUAGAAGCAUAAAAAGUACCAUAGUCUAAUAUGUAAAAAAUCAAUAUUACGGUGGUAUGGUUAAAAUGGAAUACUCCCAAUUUACAGAGCUAUUUUAAAGAUUGGCGCCGAAUUUCAGUGAGACCUCAUUUAUAACCAUCUAUCCCUAUUGUGGAUGAAUUGCAUCUAUAGUUCAGAGCCAAUCUUUAGAAUUGUCUUCUAAUAACUUCUAUUGAAAAAGUCCUGUCUAUCAUAUACUAAAAAGAUAAAAUAUAAUCAACUUGAGCGCUUUCCCUUUUUUGUACUGGGUUUUAUCUAUUUAUUGAGUGUAUUUAGGAACAAUACAUUCUGGUUGUUUUUGCUGCACUGGGUUAUAUUUUAAAUAACACCACUUAUUCCUUCUGUCUUUUCUGUAUAAAAGAUUUAUUAAAGUCUACUUUGUUUUCUCCAUCUAAAACACAUUUUAAUACAUAUUUUUCUGCUGUGUUCAAGCACCAAUUUAGAUGCAUAUGAAUGUUAUUGCGUACAUUUGCCAUAAAAUCCUGCAGCACUGCUCAUUCAACUGAAUAAGAAAUCUGUGCAGAAAUUUGCAAAACGAUGUGUACAAUUUUCUUCUAGUGUCUCACCUCUCUCUUUUAGAAAAAUCUCAGUAUAUUUCUGAUUGAUAAUCGAUGUUUAUUAAAGUGUCUGUUUAAUUAUGGUGUUUCAGUCACAACCUUUAGUUUUGUCUGUAACAAUUUAAGGUGACUGCAUCUUCUUCUACUGAUUGCUGGAUUCCUUAUGGCCAGAUGUACAUUUAAUCUGGCAUGUCUGUGACUAUCUAUGGUGUUCACCGAGACAAAGUAGAGACCUCAUUGUGAGCCUGAUGUUGUUGAUGUGCACUUCAAUCCAAUUAAAGCUGCUAUUUAUUGAGCUAUUUGUGUUCCCGUACAUCUUUGGACUCUACUGUGGUUGAUGGAGUUUGUGCCAACUCCUGGUUGGUUAACAUCUGCAGGUCACAGGAAUGUGUGCAGUCCCUGUCUAUUUUCUAUACAAAUCUAUGGUGUUCAAAGAUGUCUGUGAUGCUCUUUCUCAAUAAUUAACAUACUUAUAGUGCUUUCACAUAAUAUUUCAUUAUUAAAUCAAAUUUGUGUGCUGUAGAUGUCCUGUUGGUAUGAUGCACACCACUUCACAUACUGUAGAUCCUCUGGAGAUGAAGAAAUUCCAGGCAUGGUCAUCAAAAUGGUGGGAUGAGGAAGGAGUCUACUCUCCGCUCCAUGCAAUGAAUGAAAUUCGUGUGCCCUUCAUAAGGUAUCAAGUAUUUACUGUCUGUCAAAAUUCACCUCACUUUUGUUAUAAGUUAGUUAUAAUUCAGUUGUUUUUUGUUGUUGUUUUUUUUGUAGUAAAGUUUGAUGGGGUUUAUAUUUAAUGGACUGUAAACAUUUCAGAAAUAUUUUAGUGCUUUGGACUUACUGUGGAUUUAGAUAUCCUGCUGUAGUGCUUUUUACAGACCUACCACUAUGAUAUUGAUAUAAGUGCAAUAACGGUAGAUUUGGUCUUAUUAAGAUGUAAAACAGUAGAAAACACACCCUAAUCAAAUAUAAAGGGAGACCAAUGGUGCAGACUAAAAAUUAAAAAAACAUCAAACCAUAAAAAAUAUUUAAAAAAAAAAUACACUCACAAACAAAGAUAUUAGUAGGCAGGAUAUGAAUAGUCUUCUUAAAGUGCUUCGUCUCUUCUUAAUGUAGAAAAUGCUUAAAACAGAGCACAAAGACAGACCAUAGUGUGUAACUGUAUAAUAUUAAAAAUGUAACUUUUAUUGGAUACACUUACAAAGUGAUAGUAGUUAUCAGGCUCUUCACAUCAUAUAUCAAAGUCUUCCAUCAAAAUAAUAACCCUCAGGAUACACAGAAGAGUGGAGACAGAGAAGAUGGAGAGGUCCACAGUAAAAACAAUGAAUAAAAGCUUGCCACCCUACGCGUUUCGUCAAAAUGACUUCAUCAGGGGCUUGUAGCAGCAUAAAAUAAAAUACAACAAAGUACACAAUAAAUAUCCUGCCUGUAAAAGUCUGUGACCAAUCCUGGCGGUGUCUUCAGUCAAGCGCAUCUGUAAUUAAUCUCCUCCACCGGGUUUCAAUCUUCUUUUCGCGCUUUCGAAGGCGCGUGCGCUCCAAGCCUCGUUCUCACGUGAAACCGGAAAUGCGUACAUCUAUAUCCGGAACGCAAAUGCGUUCCACUUCUGUCCGGAACCGGAAGGAAAGAAACAAAAUAGGGCGCAGUCUUUACCCUUCCCUCCGAGGCCAAAAGAAAACCAGUAUUGGGAAAAAGGUUCCAUUUGUGACACAUAGGGAACACUCACCAGGAAAAAAAAAAAUAUAUCAGAAAACAAACAACAAAGAUAAAAUGAUUAAAAUAAAACGAAUAUAUUAUCAAUAAAAAUGAUAAAUAUAGAGAAUAAACUAUAAAAAACAUGCCAUAUCAAAGUCUACAUUCAUACCCUCUGGUUGCAUUGUUUUUAAAGUAUGAAUCCAGAAACCUUCUCUUUGCCUUAAUUUUAGUACCAAAUCUCCCCCUCUUGCAUCUAAAGACACCUUUUCAAUCCCUACACAUGAAAAAGUGCUUGGAUUAAAAUUUUGACAUCUAAUGCAGUGAACAGGAACUGAAUGGGUUAAUACUUGGUUUUUAAUAUUAUUGAAAUGUUCUAAAAAUCUUUUUUUCACAGGUCUAAUAGUUCGCCCAACAUAUUGGGUUCCACACCCACAUGUAAGGAGAUAAACUACAUGUGUAGAGUUACAUGUGAAGAACAUAUCACAUGUAACUCUACACAUGUAGUUUAUCUCCUUACAUGUGGGUGUGGAACCCAAUAUGUUGGGCGAACUAUUAGACCUGUGAAAAAAAGAUUUUUAGAACAUUUCAAUAAUAUUAAAAACCAAGUAUUAACCCAUUCAGUUCCUGUUCACUGCAUUAGAUGUCAAAAUUUUAAUCCAAGCACUUUUUCAUGUGUAGGGAUUGAAAAGGUGUCUUUAGAUGCAAGAGGGGGAGAUUUGGUACUAAAAUUAAGGCAAAGAGAAGGUUUCUGGAUUCAUACUUUAAAAACAAUGCAACCAGAGGGUAUGAAUGUAGACUUUGAUAUGGCAUGUUUUUUAUAGUUUAUUCUCUAUAUUUAUCAUUUUUAUUGAUAAUAUAUUCGUUUUAUUUUAAUCAUUUUAUCUUUGUUGUUUGUUUUCUGAUAUAUUUUUUUUUUUCCUGGUGAGUGUUCCCUAUGUGUCACAAAUGGAACCUUUUUCCCAAUACUGGUUUUCUUUUGGCCUCGGAGGGAAGGGUAAAGACUGCGCCCUAUUUUGUUUCUUUCCUUCCGGUUCCGGACAGAAGUGGAACGCAUUUGCGUUCCGGAUAUAGAUGUACGCAUUUCCGGUUUCACGUGAGAACGAGGCUUGGAGCGCACGCGCCUUCGAAAGCGCGAAAAGAAGAUUGAAACCCGGUGGAGGAGAUUAAUUACAGAUGCGCUUGACUGAAGACACCGCCAGGAUUGGUCACAGACUUUUACAGGCAGGAUAUUUAUUGUGUACUUUGUUGUAUUUUAUUUUAUGCUGCUACAAGCCCCUGAUGAAGUCAUUUUGACGAAACGCGUAGGGUGGCAAGCUUUUAUUCAUUGUUUUUACUGUGGACCUCUCCAUCUUCUCUGUCUCCACUCUUCUGUGUAUCCUGAGGGUUAUUAUUUUGAUGGAAGACUUUGAUAUAUGAUGUGAAGAGCCUGAUAACUACUAUCACUUUGUAAGUGUAUCCAAUAAAAGUUACAUUUUUAAUAUUAUACAGUUACACACUAUGGUCUGUCUUUGUGCUCUGUUUUAAGCAUUUUCUACAUUAAGAAGAGACGAAGCACUUUAAGAAGACUAUUUAUAUCCUGCCUACUAAUAUCUUUGUUUGUGAGUGUAUUUUUUUUAAAUAUUUUUUAUGGUUUGAUGUUUUUUUAAUUUUUAGUCUGCACCAUUGGUCUCCCUUUAUAUUUGAUUAGGGUGUGUUUUCUACUGUUUUAUAUUUAUAUUGAAGACCUUGAGGAGUCUUUUACACAUCCCUACUAGGGGUAAUUAUUUUUAAAAAAAAAAGUUUUUCCCCGUUUGAUAGCCACAAGGGUUAUUCUAUAGUGUUUGUGAUUCACUAUAUUUUGUUUGUAUAUUUCUUAUUAAGAUGUAAAUGUUCAGUUAUCUUGAAAGAUUUACCUGUUGGAAUAUAUUACUGGUGUAAUUCUAGAUGGUAAUAUUUUGCACUUGAUAAAGAAUAUUUUGCACUUGGUUUCAAAAAUUAAUUUUAUGUAUUCUUAGAGACAUCCUUAUGAGCAAGGACUACAGUCACGAUGUUGGGUGUCCUCUGGCAGGUGUGACCCUCUUAGAUGUUGGCUGUGGAGGAGGAAUUUUGUCUGAGGUAAUAUUGAACUAAAUUUCUUAAAUGACAAUUUACUGAAAUUAUUAUAUUUGUUAUUGCAAUGAAGUCUUGGCCUUAUCAUAGCUGUAAUGAUUUACUUUAAAAACGUAUGUUCUAGCAACUCUCCAUUAUUAUUGGGAAGGAGGGGGUUGGUACUUAUUUAUUUUUAUUUUUUAAGGAAUAUGCCAUAAGUGCAAGUGCACAUAUUAAGCAGCUUGUUUAGUACAUAUUCAAUGUACACUAUAGACAAAAGUAUUUGGACAUCUGACCAUUACACCAACAUAGACUUUCAUGACUUCGCUUUCUAAAUACAUAGAUAUUACUAUGUAGUUCAUAUCCUAUUUGCAGCUAUAACAGUUUCCACUCUUAUGGGAAGGAUUUCCACAAGAGUUUGGAGUGUUACUGUGGGAAUUUUUGCCCAUUCAUUCAACAGAGCAUUUGUGAGGUCAGGCACUUAUUUUGGAUGAAAAGGCCUGGUUCGCAAUCUCUGUUACAGUUAAUCCCAAAGGUGUUUGAUGGGAUUGAGGUCAGGGCUCUGUGCAAACCAGUAUAUUUCUUCCACACCAAAUUCAUCCAACCAUGUCUUUAUGGACCUUGCUUUGUGCACUGGGGCACAGUCAUGCCGGAAUAAAAAAGGGCCUUCCCCAAGCUUUUCCCAUAAAGUUAGAAGCAUAGCAUUGUCCAAAAUGUUUUGGUAUGCUGAAGCAUUGAGAUUUCCCUUCACUGAAAGUAAGGGGCCUAGCCCAAUCCCUUAGAAACAGCCCAUACCAUUAUAACUCCUCCAUCAAAUUUUACAGUUGGCACAGUACAGUCAGGCAGGCAAUGUUCUCCUGACAUCACCCAUCACACUGCCAAACAGAGAAGCGUGAUUCGUCACUCCACAGAAUACAUUUCCACUGCUCCAGAGUCCAGUGGUGUUGUGCUUUUACACUACUUGAUCUAACGCUUGUCGUUGUAGUUAGUGAUGUGAGGCCUACAUGUUCCUGCUCGGCCAUGGAAACCCAUUCCAUGAUGCUCUUGACGCACAAUUUUAUUGCCGAUAUUAACACCAGUGGAAGUUUGUAACUCUUUAGUUAUGAAAUCAGCAGAGCAUUGGUGAGUUUUACGCACCAUGUGCUUCAUUACUCGGUGAGCUCGCUUUGUGACUUUACUUGGUCUUCCGCUUCGUGGCAGAGUUGCUGCUGUUCCUAAAUAUUUCCACUUUCCAAAUAUACGACUUACAGUUGACAGUGGAAUAUCUAGCAGGGAUGAAGUUUCACGAACUGACUUAUUGCUAAGGUUGCAUACGAUCACAGUACCACACUUGAAUUCACCGAGCUCUUCACACCCAUUUUUUCACAAAUGCUAGUAAAUGCAGACUGUAUGGCUAGGUGCUUGAUUUUAUAGUAUGGGUCUAAUUGAAACACCUUGUAUUCAAUAAUUAGGAGGUGUGUCCCAGUGCAUUUGCCCAUUAGUGUACAUACAUGCUAAAGAUGCAGUGACCAUUUUUGGGAGUGAAGUGGCACAAUGAUUUUUUUGUGUGUUUUUGUUUUUUUGUAUUUCUUUUUUCAGUGGAGUGUUUUCCUUCCUAUAGAUUUUUGUUUUUUGGUGUUUAUCUAGCACCAACAUUUUGUGUAGGACUUUGGCAAACUAAUAAAAAUUUUUAUAGGAAUUAAGCGGAUACUGAGGUCUUGGAACAGAGGUAGGCAACCUUUUGGUUUUUAAAUAUUGUGGACUACAUCUUCCAUAGUGCGUGUGUUUUUUUUUUUUUUUUAAAACCAUGUUCUGGGGUUUUUAUUUUUUUUGCAUAAAACUGAUUUUAAAUGUUAUUUUAUUCUCUACUGUGAUCUACCCUCUCUUAGCCACUUGGUAGACUUGGAGCUACAGUUACAGGAAUAGAUCCUUUGGAGGAUAACAUUAAAACGGCAGAACUGCACAAAUCCUAUGAUCCUACCCUUGAACACAUGAUACAGUACAGAUCAUGCUCAUUGGAAGACAUUGUGGAUGAAAACAAGCAAUAUUUUGAUGCAGUUGUAGCAUCUGAAGUUAUAGAACAUGUGGUUGACAAGGAAUUAUUUAUCCAGAACUGCUUCCAUUUACUAAAGGUAGGCCAUCACAAAUAAAUAUAAAUUAAUUUUAUAUAUUUUAUAUAUAAUUUGUUUUAGUGUAUUACGAUAAUGAAUAUCAUGGUACAUUACUAAAAACAAAACUGUGAUUAAAAAUAAUGUUCGUUUAAGUUCACUUUUGUUUCUCAAAGCCAGGUGGAUCUCUUAUUAUUACAACUAUCAACAAAACCAAGUUAUCCUAUGCUUUAGGUAUAGUGGUAGCUGAGAAGAUAAUGGGCCUUGUCCCAGAGGGCACUCAUGACUGGGAAAAAUUUAUCUCUCCAGAGGAAUUGGAGCGGAUUUUAGAAUCAAGUGAGUCUUUUAGGUCUUGCUUGUAGAUAAUUAGAACCACUGUUUUAAAGUAUAUUUUUGUUUUCUUACCUGACUAACAAAUAUUAUUUAUCUACACAGAUGGUUAUGUUGUAGAGACCCUAAGGGGAAUGUUGUACAAUCCACUCUCUGGUUCUUGGAGUUGGAUCGAGGACACCAGCAUUAACUAUGCCAUCCAUGCCGUAAAAACUGUUGCUCAGAAACAGUCUACAGAUAUAGGGUUUGAGCGUGAGUGGGAGAAACCUAAGGCAGCACAAGCUUUUGCAUGAAAACUCUUUGGGAAUAAAACCAUGCCAGCCUCCUGUUACACCACCUCAACAAAGAAGAAAUGCCUGUGAAAAUAGUGUGCAGAAGCUAUAGACUUUGUUAUGACUACUUAUGUAAAUCUAGUAGCUUUCAAAAAUAUGGCAGUGUGUGUGUCUUUGAUUGGAAAAAAAAUCCCUCCAUUUGCAGUUUUUAGAAAACUUCUGAGUAACUUAAGAAACUAGACUAUUGGUAGUGUUAAGUAUUUUGUGAUUUGCAUGCCGAAGGCACCAAGUUGCUUGCAGUCAGGGCUGGUUCUUCCACAACUCUACAAUAAGUUAAAAUAUACAAGCACUCGGCAUGAAUUACAUAUCCCUGGCCAGGUCUCGGUUCCCACAGUAUAAUGUCCAAAUAUUAGCCAGAUCAGAGGUGCCAAGCCCAAGGGAUCAUUGAAUAAAGUUUUGACUGGGCAUUGGGCACAUCUCGAUCUGGCGUGGAACUCCAGACUGAUGGCGGCUAAGUGCUGGUCUUUAAUUGGGAGUUCCUGCGGUCUUGAAAAAGUUGUCUCCCCCUGGCUCUUGGCUAGGGAUUGUUGGUAAUGUCCCUCCUUACUUCCCCUCCAAAUAGCACUCUCUUAGGUAUCUGCAAAAGUAGGUAAAAUGGGUCGCACAGGAGUUCCAGAGGAUUAGGGUCCACUGAAGAUUUUGCGGGUGCUCCAGCCUUGAAGGACAAUGCUACUGGUUAAAAUGAGAGUGUGUGCUGACAGAAUACAUGAAGGGUUGAGUAGAGAAGAGCCAAAGGAGUGAUAUAGUUGUUUGAUGAUGCAGUAUAAUAGAGUCCUGUGCCAGUAAUCCAUGGAAAUACACAGGUUCUGCCACAAUUUGCAGUUUCCUUUUCAGUUUUCAAUAGUUUCCAUUUUAAUGAAUAACUGUUUCCCACCCGGGAGAGACAAUCAAAAUUUGCCUCUUUGUGUUCCUUAAGUUUUUGUUUUUGGAUGUAAGAGAGUACAGUAAACAUAUAGGUGUUUAUUCACUGAGCAAGUUGUGCAACAUGAAAGCGGUGUUUCGUAAUUUAGAUCAAAACACAUCCAGCUACCUUUUGCAGGUUGUUUGUCAUGCCACUGCAAUCUGUUUAGUGAAUAAACAUGUAGUAAUAUUUAAUUUAUUGCAAAUUAUUAUUUGUGAUUUUAUAAUCUUUAUUGUAUUUUUUUCAUUUUAUUGCAAAUUACUUAAAAAAAACGAACCAGUAAAAGCAGAUGAG